AUGAUAAAGUUAAUCAGACGAUUUAUAGCGUCUGCAGCGCUAUCGAUUGCCUUUGCGAGGAUUCCUUGCGGCAACUUGGAGCUCUGACGAGCCACCUAAAGGUGACAAGUCAACUCCAAGUUUGACAAAUCCUUGCAAAUGGGAAGCUUUGUUCAACUUGUAGUUGGCUUGUCACCUUUAGGUGGCUCGUCAGAGCUCCGAGUUGCCGCAAGGAACCCUCGCAAAGGCAAUCGAUAGCGCUGCAGACGCUAUACAGGAAAUCUGACUAAAGGCGAAAUAGAAUUUUAUGCAGCAAAUGGAUAUUUGGUAUUUCCAAAUUUCAUUCCAAAAUCUGAUGUAGACGGUUUAAAAGAAAGAGCUUUCCAACUUAUUGAUAAUUGGCAGCCUAGCUCGAAUCAUCCAAUUUUUACUACUCAUGACCAGAAAAGGGUCGCAGAUAAUUAUUUUAUGGACUCUGCCUAUGGGAUCGGGUUUUUCCUCGAAGAAAACGCAAAAGACCCAGCGAACAAUAAAAGAAACUCGAUUAAUAAGCUAGGUCACGCAAUGCAUGACUUAGAUCCAGUUUUUCAACGAUUUAGCUAUAACGUCAGAUUUAGAAGAAUUUUAAACGGGUUAGGAUAUAAUGCACCAGUUAUAGCCCAAAGCAUGUAUAUCAUGAAACCGCCUGGAAUUGGCGCAGAAGUAAAAAUACACCAAGAUAAUUCCUAUCUGAUUACAAGCCCACUGUCAUGUGUUGGACUCUGAGUCGCUAUAGAAGAUGCCAAAAAAUCAAAUGCUUGCUUAUAUGCAGUUCCUGGCAGUCAUAAAUACGGUUGCAAAACAUAUUGGGAAAGAAAAGAUGGCAAAAUGCUAUAUACAAAUGAUUACGAGUACUCAAAAGAAGGAGGAGUUUGUUUAGAAGUAGAAGCAGGCACCGUUGUUGUUUUGCAUGGCAGCUUAGUUCAUUGGAGUGAUGAUAAUUUAUCAAAUGUUUCCAGACAUGCAUAUACCCUCCAUUGUGUUGAAACUGUCAACACAACUUGGAGCCCUAAAAACUGGAUCCAAAGACCUAAAGAAUUCCCAUUUAACUCAUGGACUUUAUAA